AUACUUCCUUAUCAGUUUAGUGCACCAUGUGGUGUAACGAAUUUCAGUAAGUAACGUAUAUCUUGCACUUGAACAUAGAACUAUCAUUACCAUGCGAUUAAUCCCAUCUCUUAUGAUUUUUGGAAUAUUGAAACACGGCAUUUGUUCUUCAAACACUGACAGACAUAUCGAUGGUCAGUCACAGCCACUUUUUCCCAGGAAUUCUCUUGUAAGAGAUUUGUUGCAGUACACAUAUCCACGCGGGUCUCUGCUCCAAAGCCUUGCCGCCGAUGACAAUUCCACCUUGAUAAGAGUUAGUGAUGGAGGACUCGGGAUACCAAUUGGAUACAACCAAACAUACAACGAUGUUUUUGUCAACUCCAAUGGUCAGAUACUGUUUGGAAGAGACAACAUUCACAACAACAUUCCACAUCCAGUGAACAAUUACACAGGACCAGAUAUGCUGGCGCCCUAUUGGACGGAUUUGUAUCCGGUUGGUGGAAAUAACGGAUACGUGUUCUACAACACGUACCGCGCCGACAACCCUGUCGAUCACGCCAUCGUUUCAAAGGCAGACUUCGGUGUUCUCCUCAACAGUGGAAUAUCAGAUUUCUCUGCAAAGUGGGUGUUAGUUGUAACAUGGUGGAACACCAAAAUAACCGAUUUUCCAGAGGAUGAUCGAAUUACGUUCCAGUGCAUUCUUAUGACGGAUUUCAUCACAACUUACGCCAUCUAUAACUACAUGAGUGUAAAUGUCGACCCAAAUCACACCCGGGAGAAGGUUGCCAUUGGAUACAAGACAAAUGUCCAGAAUUUUAGUAACUCUCAUUCAUUGAAAGACGACGUCUUCCUUUUGAGCAGUUAUAGAGGAAAUACAGGAGAGCAUGGUGUAUGGUUUUACGUCAUAGCAGAUGAUAACGAUUGCAAGUGGAAGCCUUGUCAAAAUGGAGGAUCGUGUGUGGAAAAAUAUGGCGGAUAUAAGUGUCUCUGUGCAACUGGCUUUACGGGAGUAAAUUGUGAAAUUGACAUCAAUGAAUGUUUGACGUCGCCAUGUUUCAAUGGAACCUGUCUCAACAAUCCCGGAUCUUUUACAUGUGACUGUUAUCCAGGUUUCAAAGCAAAAUUGUGCGACCAAGAUAUCAAUGAAUGUAACUAUCCCACUAUGCCCUGUAAAAACGGUGCCACGUGUAACAAUAACAUUGGAUCCUUUACAUGCACAUGUGCACCAGGGUGGUCCGGAAGUGUUUGCGAUCAAGACAUCGAUGAAUGUACUAGCACGCCGUGUGUUUAUGGAACUUGUAUCAAUACACAAGGAUCUUACCAUUGUAAUUGUCCACCAGGAGUAAAGGGGCAACACUGUAAUCAAGAUGUGAAUGAAUGCCAUGAUAUACAGCCGUGUCAUAAUGACGGUACCUGUGUGAAUACAGUGGGGACCUUCCGCUGUACUUGUGCCGCUGGAUAUGCUGGCCUGACCUGCAGUUUCGAAUUCAGUAAGAUACAUGCUGGUCUUGAUGUAGUUGGUAAAUAAAAUCGUUUUCCCUAUGCACGCC